UAUUUUCAAACCUUGAGAGCAGUGACAGGAGUAGAGGGUCCAUGAGUUUGUACUGGUGUCAGCCAUGGAGCGUAGGGACUAUCUGUCAUCCCUGAUGGCUGGCGGCAUAGCGGGUAUGUGUGUUGACCUCAUUUUAUUUCCAUUGGACACGGUCAAAACCAGACUGCAGAGUCCUCUUGGCUUUUACAAAUCUGGAGGUUUUCGUGGUAUCUAUGCAGGAGUUCCUUCCACGGCUCUAGGAUCAUUUCCGAAUGCGUCAGCAUUCUUUGUCACUUAUGAAACGGUGAAAAGCCUUUUACACACUGAUCCAUCUUCGUAUUUGUCACCAGUGAAGCACAUGGUUGCAGCCUCUUUGGGAGAAGUGGUUGCCUGUUUGAUCCGUGUCCCCUCCGAAGUUAUAAAGCAAAGGACACAAGUUUCUCCAUCCUCCACUACAUAUCAGAUGUUGGCCAGCACCCUACGGGAAGAGGGUAUACGGGGUCUCUAUCGAGGAUACAAGAGCACAGUGUUAAGAGAGAUUCCAUUUGCUUUUGUACAGUUUCCCCUAUGGGAAUUUUUAAAGGAUCUCUGGUCAUGGAAGCAGGGCCAAGCGGUUGAAUCUUGGCAGUCAGCAGUCUGUGGAGCUUUUGCAGGUGGAUUUGCGGCAGCCGUUACAACACCUCUCGAUGUAGCAAAAACACGCAUAAUGCUUGCAAAGACCGGAUCAAGCACGGCAAGCGGUAAUGUCUUACUGGCCCUUAAUGAUAUUUGGAGAACUCAAGGAGUCUCAGGGUUAUUUGUCGGGAUUGUCCCAAGGAUAACUGCCAUCAGCCUGGGAGGUUUCAUUUUCCUCGGGGCAUAUGACAAAGUGCGGAGUUUGCUGCUACAUACUGCAAAAAAUGGACAAUAAAGCAGUAUUUGAAACUGUUUAAAAUAGAUUUUUUUUAACAAAAUAUUUUGAGCCACA